AUGGCAGCGCUUAACGGAGCCCUGGAGAACGGGCAGGCGGAGAAGAAGGCUUCGGUGCCCCUGCCGCACCCGAUAAGGAACCUGGAGGUCCAGUUCACCAAGAUAUUUAUUAACAAUGAAUGGCAUGAAUCGAAAAGUGGAAAGAAAUUUCCUACAUUUAAUCCCUCGACGGCUGAGAAGAUCUGUGAAAUUGAAGAAGGUGACAAGCCCGAUAUUGAUAAAGCAGUGCAGGCAGCAAAAACAGCUUUCCAAAGUGGAUCCCUGUGGAGACAAGUAGACGCUGCGAGCCGCGGAAGGCUUCUGAAUAAGCUGGCGGACCUGAUUGAGCGAGACAGGGCGGUGUUGGCAACCCUGGAAACCUUGGACACAGGGAAACCAUUCCUCCAGGCUUUCUUUGUUGACCUUGAAGGUUGCAUAAAAACCCUGAGAUACUAUGCUGGGUGGGCCGAUAAAAUCCAAGGGAAGAAUAUUCCUGUGGAUGAAAACUACGUCUGUUUCACCAGGCAUGAGCCUGUGGGAGUCUGUGGAGCUAUAACACCAUGGAAUUUUCCUUUGCUGAUGCUGAUCUGGAAGAUGGCCCCAGCUUUGUGUUGUGGCAACACCUUAGUUGUGAAACCUGCCGAGCAGACACCCCUCACCUCACUCCACCUGGGCUCUUUAGUCAAGGAGGCAGGAUUUCCUCCAGGUGUCCUGAACAUCGUCCCAGGAUAUGGACCAACGGCAGGGGCCGCUCUCUCUAUGCACCCCAAGGUGGACAAAAUAGCUUUCACAGGCUCAACAGAGGUUGGAAAGCUGAUCAAAGAAGCCGCUUCGAAAAGCAAUCUCAAGCGGGUGACUCUUGAGCUGGGUGGGAAGAAUCCUUGCAUUGUUUGUGCAGAUGCUGACUUGGACUUAGCUGUGGACUGUGCCCACCAGGGUGUCUUUUUCAACCAAGGCCAAUGCUGCACAGCAGCUUCGCGGGUUUUUGUAGAGGAGCAGAUCUAUCCGGAAUUUGUCAAACGCAGCGUGGAAUAUGCAAAGAAGCGACUCGUGGGAGACCCGUUUGAUUUCCAAACUGAGCAGGGACCGCAGAUUGAUCAGCAGCAGUUUGACAAGAUCUUGGAUCUGAUCGAAAGCGGGAAGAAAGAAGGCGCCAAGCUGGAAUGUGGUGGUUUAGCGAUGGGCGACUGUGGCCUGUUCAUCAAACCCACCAUUUUUUCAGAAGUCACAGACAAUAUGCGAAUUGCCAAAGAGGAGAUUUUUGGACCUGUGCAGCCCAUAACCAAGUUUAAAAGCCUAGAAGAAGUCAUACAGAGGGCCAAUAACACAGAAUACGGACUCACAGCGGCGGUGUUUACAAAGAACCUGGAUAGAGCCUUGUCGUUAGCAUCGGCACUACAGUCUGGCACCGUUUGGAUCAAUUGCUACAACUCCUUCUUUGCACAAGCUCCCUUCGGUGGUUUUAAAAUGUCCGGAAAUGGCAGAGAACUAGGAGAAUACGCUCUUGCAGAAUACACCGAAGUGAAAACGGUCACCAUCAAACUGUCCCAGAAGACUUGCUGAGCUACGGAGGCAUGGAGAUUGAAAAACUCUUGACACUCUGAAUGUUGACAUAUAACACGGAUUGAGGGGCACAUUUUAGAACUGGAAAGGGGGGGAAAAUGCCUAUUUUCCUUCCUUUAAAAAAGAAUCCAAACGUUUGGGUUUGUUUUUUUUAGAGGGUUUUGUGCAGCUGCUCCUUCCAAGUCAAAAUGAAUUAACUGGUGUUCAAGACCAGAUUUGGCCCAAUGAGCUGCAAGAUCUUUCCUCCAGUCUGGUAUCUUUCAGAUGGGUUAGGACUUGAUUUCCUAUAAAUCCUAGUCUUUGGCCGUGGUGCUAGGAACUCUGGGAACUGAAGUCCAAAACAUCUGGAAGAAUCGGAGAAAGACGAAGAACGAAAGGCCAGCAUGGAAGUAUUUUUCAAGUACCAAACUCCACUCAACCCAAAGAGAUACCCCAGGUUAGGGAACGGAUUUCCAGGUGGAGUCCUGAGGCUAUUCAACAUUUUUAUAUUUCUUCAGUUAGGACAGUUUCCCAAAUGUCCCACAAAAUACGUUCACCAGGUGUUGAAGGCUAGAUGACAGACUGUUUCUACUUGCAACUUCUCCCCUCCCCUUAGUCCUUCUCCACAUUACGUAGAGUUGUAUUUUUGCAAUUUAGUCUCUGGGGGUUUCUGGCAAAUAUUUGACUAUCGGCAAAUACUAACGUGUUUUCACAAUGUUUCACGAAUACAAAAAAGGAUGGAUCCCAGAUGCUUUUGCGAGUCUCUUGUCCAUUAAUGUUUCCCAAGUACUUGCACAGACAU